AUGGUGGCGAGACUUCGUCUCGGCAGGUUCAACCAUGCCACAAAGAAGCUAGGGCGUACCCCAGAAGCGACGCGCAUUGUCCUCGCCCGAGCAAUGUGGCAAAUAUGCGAGGGCUACCGGCUAGAGGACGAAGCCAAAGAAGAGACUCGCUGGAAAGGCUCCAAGGCAAGGGAAGUAGGCGAUGGCUACAAGCUGAUCUACCACGGCAUAUCAAAUCGCAAUGGCGUUGGUAUCAUAUUGAACGAGUCGUUUAGAAAUAGCGUCACAGCGGAAGAUCUGCAGCAGUACGUCCAAUCCCUGGAAAGCGAAGAAGUACUUUUAAUCGGAGGAGACUUCAACGGACAUGUCGGUUCCCGGAAAGACGGAUUCGAGAGUUGUCAUGGUGGAUACGGCUAUGGAGCUCAUAACGACGACGGGUUGCGAAUCCUGGAGUAUGCUGUUGCAAGUGACUUGAUCAUUGCUAACACGCAGUAUCGGAAAAGGAAAUCGCAUUUGAUCACGUACACCAGCGGGGGUCGUGAAACACAAAUAGAUUUCUGGAUGUUACGCCGACGAGAUCGCCGACUUCUGCAGGAUUCGAAUGUCAUCCCUACAGACCAUGUCGCUGCCCAACACCAUCUGCUCGUUACGGACUUGAAAAUCUCCCGUCCAAGGAAGAGACAUCCAAGGACUGAAACACAGCGCAUCAAAUGGUGGAAUCUGAAGGAUCGAAAGGAGGUAUUUCUCGCGUCCGUGGCUCCAUCUACACUUCCCCACCCUACUCGUAGUGUGGAGGAAAUGUGGUUGUCUACUUCCAGCGUUAUACGCUUGACCGCGGAAAACACUCUGGGGAAGACGACUCUAGGUAAGCCAAAGCGGAAGAGGGAGGCUAAGAAGGCAGUCUCCAAGGCGAAGUCGGACCGCUACAAGGCUGUAUACGACAUACUUGAUACCAGAGAAGGCGAGUGGGCAGUGUAUCGUUUAGUCAGAGCACGUCAUCGCUCAACGUUGGAUAUGGAGCACACCAAGAUCGUUAAGGGAGCUGAUGGAGCCGUUCUGCGCCGCUCUGGUCAGAUCCUGGAGAGGUGGCGAGAGUACUACAAUCACUUGUGUAACGAAGAGUUCUGUCAUCCUCCCAUCCCAAAUGUUCCCAGCGUCGAGGGUCCUGUUCUACCAAUUACUGCUGUCGAAGUCAGUGCUGUCCUCGCAAAAAUGAAGUCGAACAAGGCAACCGGUCCUGAUGACAUACCUGUUGAUAUCUGGAAGCUACUAGGAGAUCGGGGGUCCAUGUGGCUCCCAACUCUAUUUAACAAGAUCGUUGCAGAAGGACGGACUCCAGACGUUUAG